UUGUUAACCUAACAUUCGUAUUCGUAACUAAAACAAACCAAUAUUGUAAUGUAGGUAGCUAUAAUCACAAUUAUAAUUGGAUUAUUAUUUUUCCCAUGAAGGCUGAGUCUGAUAGGCAAAUAAGUAUUUGAUUACAAUGAAAAAAGGAUUUACUUCUGGUGAAAGACAGCAACUUGGAGUGUAGUUUUUAUAUUAUAUACAUUUAUAGGCUAGCAUGAAAUGGAACAAAUGAAAGUGGCAAUGUUUAGUUGCAUGUGUAUUUUUUAAGAAUAAUAACUUUGCAAGUGGUUUCUCUUCCUAGUGGUUGUAAAGGGAGAUUCUGUUGUUUGUUUUAAACAAUGGAUCCUACAAAAGCAAUAGAUUUAGAAAUCAGCAAAUCAUCACUCAUUGGAUUGAAAGCUGAACUAUUAAAGAAACAAGAAGAAGUGAGAAAAAUCAGGGAGCUGCAGCAAAAUAAUUGUACACCUGUAUUGAAACCAAAGAAGGCCACUGAGACUCAAAAAUCAAAUAAAGGUGUUGAAAGCAGGAGUCUUAAAGAUGUUGAAUCUGUAGAAGAUGAUUUUGAUAUCCACAAAAAAUCAAGGGAAAUUUUGGAAGCUAAAUCCAGAUUGUAUGACAAGUUAAAAGAAGGUGGUUUGGAUCCAGAGUCAAAAUCACAGUAUUUGACAGACUUUAAUUUAAAGCAUGAAAUAUAUGACAAGAAGACAGAAUCAGCCUGGAACAAAAAUGAAGAGACUUGUAAACAAUCAGAUGAUGGAGAACAUUUUUCUGAUAGCAAUUCUGACUCAGAAAAUGACUGGGUUGACUUUGUGGAUGCUCUCGGCCGAACACGCCGCUGCCUCAAAGAGGACUUGGAAGAAAUGAAAGCAAAGGACUCAAAGUUAGCGAAGUCUCUACGUCCUCCUACUCCUCCUCCUGUGCCAGAAGCUACGCCAGAGCUGAUGUCUUGGGACAUGCAACGAGAGCAGAUGCGGAAAAAGUGGGAAGAACAAGAAACCGUGCUUUUAGGAAAGAAAGAUAUUCAUUAUCAAGAUGUUCUUUUUGAUGAGGCAAGACCUCAUGGAGUCGGUUACUUUGAGUUCUCAAUAGACGAGAAUGAACGUUUAAGGCAGCAACAGGCCUUGAAAAACCUUAGAAAUGAGACAGUGGAGCAGCAGCAGGCAGCAGAGGGGCUGCGGGUUCGCAGACAGCAGCAGCUACAAGCCCGACUGGCAGCAGCACGCAGACGCAAACGAGAGCGACUCGGCCUGCCUCCUGAAGAUCCUCAGCCGCAAGAAAUUGAAGAGGUUACUGCUUCUAACACUGUUGAAGAGGAAAGUCAAAAAGAAGAUGAAGUUAAAGAUCUUGAGGAGUCUAUUAAAAGACAAGCUGCUGUGAGACCAUGGGAUGUCGGAAAAGAAAGCGUCAAUCGAGUGAUGUCUCAGGAAGAAUGGAUUGAGAAGAAGCGACUAGAAAGGCCAGAAGAAUUUGCACCUCCAGUUAGUCAUGUAAAAGUAGCUAAUGAAAAGAAGCCUUUCACAUUUAACAGUACAUUAAAUAAACCUCCUAAAAUGACAAAAAGUAGUAAAAUAAACAAAGGAAAAUCUAUACAUCACCCAAAAAAUUCAAACAAUCUUAGUGUUAACAUGUCAUCUGGAUCAUCAUGUGAAAAUAUAAAAGGCACUUCUUGUCAGUCUGACUCAGCAGAAAAUAUAUUCCAUUCAACUCAAAAUAAUAUUUCUAAUACUAAAGCAAGGGAUUGGAAAAAAACAUCUGAUGAUAUUGAUGCUUUUUUGGCAAAAGUUAGAGCAAACUGCUGUGACUCAACUGAUCAGGAGUGCAAGAACAAUGAGUCUAACACUUUAGGAGUAAGAGACCCUGAAUGUAGACAAGCACAUCGUACUAAUGAGUUAUUUGAAUACAGUGAUAAUACUCAUGAUUUAAGUAACAAAACUCAUUUUUCAAAAAACUCAAGCCACAUAAAUCAUUCUGUCUUUCCAAAUACAAAUGAAAAGCAUUCAAACAUCAUCAGUCAUAAGUUUUCUAUGUCAACGGAUUCCAGCCAGCAAAAUAUUACCAAGAGGAAAUGGGCAGAAAUAGCUCCUCCUGCAUCAAUGUCAUAUUAUACUAGUAACAUGGGCAAAAAACAGCCAAGUACAAAGAACAACCCACAGCUGGAAGAUUCAAUAUCAGUAGGCCUAAACUACCUUAAGGCACAAACAAAAGAGAAAGAAAAUAAACGUCUGAAAGGACUUCUAGAUUUUGUUUAAAAUUGAUAAAAGUAUAAAAAUCCUGUUAUUAAAUUUUUAUACAAAUGGCGCCAUAAGAAUUAUGCUUUUUUGGAAAAUCGAACUUGUAAAUAUGACUUGUAGAAAGUGUAUAUUAUAAUAUUAUAGUUUUAAAAUAAAUGCUAUAAUUGUUAUCAA